AAUCUGACCACCGAAUCAGGACUGAACGACAGCGCAGGCAGGACCGCAAUGGGACGGAGUCGUGUGAUUUUAUCAAAUUUAUAAAAAAUGGAUGAAAAAAUUUUCAACUUGGGUACAAAAACGCUAUCGAUACGCAAUUAGGGACUUAUCGAAGUGAGUCAGGUUCACACAGAACGACGCGAACGACCUAAAGUGAAUAGUUUUUCCAUGGGGAGGAAGUUUGUUGUGGCGGAGGAAAUAUAAUAGCCCGGUUAUAGGGAGGGACUGCGGAAAGGGAACAGAGCGGAGGACAUCAGAAUACAAACCCACACAGCCAGCCAUGGAGGAGUUUGGGUCAGCGUUAGAAAAGAAUGUGGCUGAUUUAACAGUUAUGGACGUGUAUGACAUAGCUGCGGUUGUGGGCCAGGAGUUUGAGCGGAUUAUUGAUCAGUACGGCUGCGAGGCUCUAUCCAGGCUCAUGCCAAAAGUGGUGCGGGUGUUAGAGAUCCUGGAGGUGAUGGUCAGUAGGAAUAGCAUCAGUCCCGAAACGGAGGAGCUGAGGCUGGAGCUGGAUAAACUACGGCUGGAGAGGAUGGACCGGCUCGAGAAAGAGAAGAAACACAAAAAGGAGUUGGAGCUGGUAGAGGACGUGUGGAGGGGGGAGGCCCAGGACCUGCUGUCUCAAAUCGCCCAGCUUCAGGAGGAGAACAAGACGCUCCUCACUAACAUGUCAAUCAAAGACCCCAUGAGUGAAGAGGACCUACAGAGGCAUGAAGGUAUGUCUGAGCGGGAGCGUCAGGUGAUGAAGAAGCUGAAAGAGGUGGUGGACAAGCAAAGAGACGAGAUCCGAGCCAAAGACCGCGAGCUCACAUUAAAAAACGAGGACAUUGAGGCUCUUCAGCAGCAGCAGUCUCGUCUGAUGAAGAUAAACCAUGACCUUCGCCAUAAGAUCUCUGUGGUGGAAGCUCAGGGGAAAGCUCUCAUCGAGCAGAAGGUGGAACUGGAGGCGGGAGCUCAAGCCCGGGUACAGGAAAUGGGAGCACUCCGGCAGGAAGUGGCCCGUUUAAGAGAGCGUUUGCAAGGAGACGUGCCCCCUCAGGCUCCAGAAGAGCUUCCUCCCCAACCCCCAUCCCCUGCACAGUUCCCUGCUCCCCAGCCUGGUAGCCCCUCCUCAGAGGUCGAGUCUGAGGUGGGGGGCUGGCCAGAGCGAGAGAGAUACCCCACUGAGAUGCUGUUGGCGGGGUACGACCCUGCCCCUCGCUUCCCUUCCCUGGAUGAUGAUGAGGAGGAGAAUGUAGAGGAAGAGGCUGUGUUGCAAUGGGAGGCGAUGUGUGAUGAGGACACACCAGCUCUGUUCCAACACUUUACCAAGGAGGCGCUAUGUGACGAGGAGAUGGGAGGCCUGGACCAGAAGGACCCCAACAGGCCCAGGUUCACGUUGCAGGAGCUGAGAGACGUUCUGCACGAGAGGAAUGAGCUCAAGGCCAAAGUGUUUAUGCUGCAGGAGGAGAUUGCCUACUACAAAAGUGAAGAGGCAGAGGAUGAGACCGGCCCUCCAGCUCCUUCCCCUUCACCCGAACAACUGAGGGCGCGGCCCCGAACUGGUGCCCAGCCCGAGUCAGGAAUCAAACGCCUGUUUAGCUUCUUCUCUCGUGAUAAGCGGUGGAACUCCCAGCGGAGCGCACAGUUCGACGACAGCUUCAGCUCGUGGGCGGGGAAAGAUGAGGUGUACACGGAACAGGCCCAGGAGGCUCUGCAGCAUCUGUAGUGAAUGGCUAAUUCUUGACGACCCCCCCCCCCCCCCCCCCCAUUGAUGGUGUAGAGAACACCAUCAAUGGCCAUCCACAUACCGAGAUUCACACCGACAACACCACAAGCUCUGUGUGACAGCUGAAUCAUUCACCCCGAAGUGUUGCCUAACCACUGUAACGUUAGAUUUAACCUCCUAGUCUUUGGACUGUACUUAUUGUGGCCAGCUGCAGUGUAAUGUGAUUUCAUGACACAGCCAUUAGUAAAUGAAAGCACUCCGUGGGUUUGAGGGUGAAGAGAAGAUUUACCCACUUCUUCUGAAGUCAAACCUCCCUAAAGCCUUUAUUUAUUCCACGGUGAAACCCACAAGAAUUGACCGAUGCACAGAGUUGUUACCCAUUAUCAGAACUGGCAGACGUAAUGUAGGUACCAGCAUCAGGCUGGGUAGAAUUGUGGAAAACAGAAAGUAUGGUUGAGAGACAUAGUCAGGCUUGGUAGCCAUGUGGAGAGCAGAAAGUGUGUUUGAGAGGUUUGAGAAAGGAAGCACAUGAAAUACCCUAGAUAGAGAAUCAUGGGACACAAAUUUGAGAACUUUUAUGUUCAGAAAAGAAACAAGAUGUUUUUCACUGACUCAGUUUGAUAUCCCAGUUAGACCAGCCAUGUUCUCUACGGCAGCUAGGAGGCGCUGUAGCUAGGCCCCUCACUCUCCAGCACUAGAUAAAAGGGUGUGAACAAACUUGUUGGAUUUAAACAACUUGGUGGAACUUUGCAUAAAUGAAUGUGUUACUGGGUGUUGAGGUGGAAAAUAUGGUUGCCAUAGAAACCCAAUUCUUAAUACAACCCUUCUUAUUCAAAAGUAUGCAUCGCCAUAUACAUACUGUUGGUCUGAUGUUUAGAACACCUUUUUGAACAAUUUGCCCAAUUUAGAGAUGUUGGGGUUUUAUAUUUUGCAAAUGGUUGAUUGAAGCACAGAAUGUUGUAGUUUUACAAUGCCUUAAGGAAAGACGGUAUUUUUGUUUUGAAUGAUUUAACUACAGGCUAUUUGCUGCUGCUUUUUUUGUUUUGAGGCUUUUAGUGGUGCCUUCAGGACUAGCCAAGUGGUGUACAUAAUAUGAAGCCAAAGAUAUGCAUGUUUGGCAAACUGUAUUCGAUACAUUCAAUUGACAUGGAACCAAAUGUGAUAAGACAAAUGGACAACACUCCACUGAGAACUCAAAUGAGAAUGUUCUUAUGAAAUAUGUGGCUCAAACAUCGAGGACAGUUUGCCAAACUGUGCUAUGGCAAGAAGAAAAAUGGUUUGUUGGACGAAAGAGGUUCUGUAUACUGAGGACUAGUCCUAAUUGACCCAAUUUCUAUGAAUUAAAAACGUUAAUAAUUGCAAGACAUAAUGGUGCAUAAAUUAGGUCAAAACUUAUCAUGACUGAAGGGAUAAUCGGCAUGUAAUACAGCACAUGCUGGUGGAAACAUCUACAUCAUAUACACAUAAAGGGAAAUACAAAUAAAAAAUAUACUUCUGAAUAUAGACAUAUGCCAUUAUAUGCAAAACAUCCUCUAUUUCACACAAACCUCAUGGACUCCAUUCAAACCUGGUACAUUUGUAUUUGUAAAGAUUUAAAAUAUGAUACAUCUCACUGUUUUCAUAAAGUGUGUUGCCUUUUAUUCAGAUAUCCCCACUCAAAUAAACAUUGUGAUCCCCA